AUGACGUCGAACGCAUCUCCCCAAUGGCCUCAGCGAAACGGUGCACAAAGGCCGGCCGCAGCUACCAAUUCCUCUUCUGAACGUCAGGCAACAACUUCAUCCGCGAUCAAGGAGGAGCGUAGGCCAACUUUGUCGGACUUGCCCAAGAUCGCCAAAAGGACAUCUGUCGCCUCGCCGCAGUCACCUCCACAAGACGAGCCGACCGCUGGCACCGGUACCCCCCCUGAGCGUCCACCAAAAUGGUACGCGGACCUCAAGGUCAAAAACGCCCGUGACAAGAACUUCUCCAAUGCCGACACUCUACUUGGAAGACUCAGCGAUGACAUCAGGAAAUGCCGGACUGCUGGCUCGGGCAAUCGAGUGCCCAUUUUCGACAAGAUCCGCGAGCUGCUCCAUAUCAUUGUAUUCGUAGAGGUCACUCCAGAUUUGUUGAAAGCGAAACACAUGCUUGAGAACAACGGCGCACUCGCAAAGCUGUUCGACGACCAGCGUUCCGACGGCGUGAAUUGGCCAUUCGAUAUCAAAGCGGAUGCCCGUGAACUCUACAACAAGUGGUGCGAUAGGGUAUUCGAGACUGACCUGCUACGAGGGAUCAAGUUCCACGUCAAGUCGGUAAAUGACAAGAAAGAGGGACAAAAAACGACAGACUCCCUCGACCGCACCUACCCGACCACAAGAUCAAACUAUCACGGCAAUGGAAAGCUUCUCAAUGGCCAGUGGUGGCCCCUGCAAAUAUGUGCUCUCCGCGACGGUGCUCACGGCUCCUCGCAAGGUGGGAUCCACGGCAGAAACGACGACUGCGCAUAUUCCGUCAUAAUGUCCGGAGGCACAGACUCGACUGGCAAAAAGUAUCCCGACGUCGACGAUGGUGACGAAGUCCUCUACUGCGGCACCGAUAGUGUCAACGGCAAGAUCGCGGAGGCAACGAGCCACUUGAUCAGAUCUGCGGAGAAGAAGAAGCCCGUUCGCCUCCUCCGAUCGAGCAAUCUGGGCUCUCAGUACGCUCCGGAGGCCGGCUUUCGAUACGAUGGGCUCUACGAUGUGGUCAGCUUCGAGAAUCUCGACGGGCCUGAAUCAAUGAGGCAGAGGCACCAGUUCAAGCUCAAGCGACAAGCGGGCCAAGACCCGAUCAGAGCCUUGGGCCCGGAGCGCCGUCCGACGCAACAAGAAUUGGACGAGUACAAAAAGCACAAGCGGCUCGCAGGGAAGAUCAAAGGUCAAGUGUGA